AGUAGCCAGCCCAUUAUGCUGGGUUGUCCGACCGGAAACCUUAUCCCCUACCCGUCCAUCAGGCUCAGCUUCUUCUUGAGCUUCCACGGGUGGAGAGGCAGCCAAGGAUACGAUAGCAAGGAAGAGAGAGCGUUGAAGAUGCUGCUGACCACCCCGUUCGUGUCGUCCCCUGUGAGGGUCCAGGGCAAUGGGGGCAGCGGCGCCUCGCCGUGGGCGGGCGCGGCGACGGCGCUGAGGAUCCAGGCGGCGAAGCAGCUGACGGGGCGUGUGGUGACGACGAAGGCGGACAAGACGGUGGGGGUGGAGGUGGUGCGGCUGGCUCCUCACCCAAAGUACAAGCGGCGGGAGCGCAUCAAGAAGAAGUACCAGGCGCACGACCCGGACAACCAGUUCAAGGUCGGCGACGUCGUCGAGCUCCGCCGCUCCCGCCCCAUCUCCAAGACCAAGCACUUCCUCGCCGUCCCCCUCCCCCCGCGCGACACCCGCCGCAAGUCCCAGCUCCUCCCGCCUCUCCAGUCCCAGUCCCAGUCCCAAGACCAGGACCAGCCACCCACGCCUCCUCCUUCCUCCGAUUGAUGGAUUUUUCUUCUCCCGUAAUCGUAAAUUCGUAAUGUAAUAAUCUGUGCUGUACUAUGUACUCCAUUGAUUUUUAUUUGCUCUGGAUUUCGAACUUCCCCAGCAGCAAUGCUAUGUUCCCUUUUCAUUUCAUCUGCUCAUAUGCAUGUUGUUACUCAGUGAAACCAUACUACCAAUAUAAUGCUACUAGAGUAGAAUGUGCUUGUGUAA